GGCUUUAUUAUUUUAGCACCCAGGCGGCAGGAGGUUUCUGCAAAGUUGGAGGUACUGGCCUCGACUGCAUGCCUGUGCUUACCAGGUGAUACCUCCGCUGGUAACCCAGGGGUUCUGCGACACAAGGAGUCUGCAUGUCUAAGUGGUAGACAUGCUCAGCUUUGUGGAUACGCGGACUUUGUUGCUGCUUGCAGUAACUUCGUGCCUAGCAACAUGCCAAUGUAAGUGCUUUCAGCUUGGCAUUGUUAGGCUUGGCCCUACUGGAGAUAGAGGACCACGUGGAGAAAGGGGUCCACCAGGUCCACCAGGCAGAGAUGGUGAUGAUGGUAUCCCAGGCCCUGCUGGCCCUCCUGGUCCUCCUGGUCCUCCUGGCCCCCCUGGUCUCGGCGGGAACUUUGCUGCUCAGUAUGAUGGAAAAGGAGUUGGACUUGGCCCUGGACCAAUGGGUUUGAUGGGACCCAGAGGUCCUCCUGGUGCAUCUGGAGCCCCUGGUCCUCCAGGUUUCCAAGGACCUGCUGGUGAGCCUGGCGAACCUGGCCAAACUGGUCCUGCUGGUGCUCGUGGUCCAACUGGCCCUCCUGGCAAGGCUGGUGAAGAUGGUCACCCUGGAAAACCUGGCCGACCUGGUGAGAGAGGAGUUGUUGGACCACAGGGUGCUCGUGGUUUCCCUGGAACUCCUGGACUUCCUGGCUUCAAGGGCAUCAGGGGACACAAUGGUCUGGAUGGAUUAAAGGGACAGCCUGGUGCUCCAGGUGUGAAGGGUGAACCUGGUGCCCCUGGUGAAAAUGGAACUCCAGGUCAAACAGGAGCACGUGGACUUCCUGGUGAGAGAGGACGUGUUGGUGCCCCUGGCCCAGCUGGUGCCCGUGGAAGUGAUGGCAGCGUGGGUCCCGUGGGUCCUGCUGGUCCCAUUGGGUCUGCAGGCCCUCCGGGUUUCCCAGGUGCUCCUGGCCCCAAGGGUGAACUUGGACCUGUUGGUAACCCUGGUCCUUCUGGUCCCGCUGGUGCUCGUGGUGAAGUGGGUCUUCCAGGUGUUUCUGGCCCUGUUGGACCACCCGGUAAUCCUGGAGCUAAUGGUCUCACUGGUGCUAAGGGUGCUGCUGGUUUGCCUGGUGUUGCUGGGGCUCCUGGUCUCCCUGGACCUCGUGGUAUUCCUGGUCCUGUUGGUGCUGCUGGUGCUAGUGGAGCCAGAGGACUUGUUGGUGAGCCUGGUCCAGCUGGCUCCAAAGGAGAGACUGGCAACAAGGGUGAACCUGGCUCUGCUGGAGCCCAAGGUCUCCCUGGUCCCAGUGGUGAAGAAGGAAAGAGAGGACAAAAUGGUGAAGCUGGAUCUGCUGGCCCUGCAGGACCUCCGGGGCUGAGAGGAAGUCCUGGUUCUCGUGGUCUUCCUGGAGCUGAUGGCAGACCUGGUGUCAUGGGUCCUCCUGGUAGUCGUGGUGCAAGUGGCCCUGCUGGUGUCCGAGGUCCCAGUGGAGAUUCUGGUCGCCCUGGAGAGCCUGGUCUCAUGGGACCCCGAGGUUUUCCUGGUUCCCCUGGAAAUGUUGGCCCAGCUGGCAAAGAAGGCCCCUCAGGCCUCCCUGGUAUAGACGGCAGGCCUGGACCAAUUGGCCCAGCUGGAGCAAGAGGAGAGCCUGGUAACAUUGGAUUCCCUGGACCUAAAGGCCCCAGUGGUGAUCCUGGUAAAAGUGGUGAUAAAGGUCAUGCUGGUCUUGCUGGUGCUCGGGGUGCUCCUGGUCCUGAUGGAAAUAAUGGUGCUCAGGGACCUCCUGGAGCACAAGGUGUCCAAGGUGGAAAAGGUGAACAGGGUCCUGCUGGUCCUCCAGGCUUCCAGGGUCUGCCUGGUCCUGCAGGCACAACUGGAGAAGUUGGCAAACCAGGAGAAAGGGGUCUUCCUGGUGAAUUUGGUCUCCCUGGCCCAGCUGGUCCAAGAGGGGAACGUGGUCCUCCAGGUCAAAGUGGUGCUGCUGGCCCUUCUGGUCCUAUUGGAAGCCGAGGUCCUUCUGGCUCCCCAGGACCUGAUGGAAACAAGGGUGAACCUGGCGUGCUUGGUGCUCCAGGCACUGCUGGUCCAUCUGGCCCUGGUGGACUCCCAGGAGAGAGGGGUGCUGCUGGUGUACCUGGAGGCAAGGGAGAAAAGGGUGAAACUGGCCUCAGAGGUGAAAUUGGCAAUCCAGGCAGAGAUGGUGCUCGAGGUGCUCCUGGUGCCAUAGGUGCCCCAGGGCCUUCUGGAGCCACUGGUGAUCGGGGUGAAGCUGGUCCUGCUGGUCCCGCUGGUCCUGCUGGUCCUCGUGGUAGCCCUGGUGAACGUGGUGAAGUUGGUCCUGCUGGGCCCAAUGGAUUUGCUGGUCCUGCUGGUGCUGCUGGUCAACCUGGUGCUAAAGGAGAGAGAGGAACUAAAGGACCCAAGGGUGAAAAUGGUAUUGUUGGUCCCACAGGACCUGUUGGAGCUGCCGGUCCAUCUGGUCCAAAUGGUCCUCCUGGUCCUGCUGGAGGUCGUGGAGAUGGCGGCCCCCCUGGUGCUACUGGUUUCCCUGGUGCUGCUGGGCGGACUGGUCCACCUGGACCCUCUGGUAUCACUGGUCCUCCUGGUCCCCCUGGUGCUGCUGGUAAAGAAGGUCUUCGUGGUCCCCGUGGUGACCAAGGCCCUGUUGGCCGAACUGGAGAAACUGGUGGUUCUGGCCCCCCAGGUUUUACUGGUGAAAAGGGUCCCGCUGGUGAACCUGGUACUGCUGGACCCCCUGGCACCGCAGGUCCUCAAGGUCUUCUUGGUGCUCCUGGUAUCCUGGGUCUCCCAGGCUCCAGAGGUGAACGUGGUCUUCCAGGUGUUUUUGGCUCUGUGGGAGAACCUGGUCCCCUUGGAAUUGCUGGUCCCCCUGGAGCUCGUGGUCCCCCUGGUGCUGUGGGUAAUCCUGGUGUCAAUGGUGCUCCUGGUGAAGCUGGCCGAGAUGGCAACCCUGGGAGUGAUGGUCCUCCAGGCCGUGAUGGUCAACCUGGACACAAGGGUGAGCGUGGUUACCCUGGAAAUGCUGGUUCUGUUGGUGCUGCAGGUGCACCUGGUCCUCAUGGCUCUGUGGGUCCUGCUGGCAAACAUGGAAAUCGUGGUGAACCUGGUCCUGCUGGUGCUGUUGGUCCUGUUGGUGCCUUUGGUCCAAGAGGUCCUAGUGGACCACAAGGUAUUCGAGGUGAUAAGGGAGAGCCUGGUGAUAAAGGGCCCAGAGGUCUUCCUGGCUUAAAGGGACACAAUGGAUUACAGGGUCUUCCUGGUCUUGCUGGUCAACAUGGUGAUCAAGGUGCUCCUGGAUCCGUGGGUCCAGCUGGUCCUAGGGGCCCUGCUGGUCCUUCUGGCCCAGCUGGAAAAGAUGGUCACAAUGGACAACCCGGUACAGUUGGCCCUGCUGGCAUUCGUGGCUCUCAGGGUAACCAAGGUCCUGCUGGUCCUGCUGGCCCUCCUGGUCCUCCUGGUCCUCCUGGCCCAAGUGGUGGGGGUUACGACUUUGGUUACGAAGGUGACUUCUAUAGGGCUGACCAGCCUCGACCAACCUCUCUCAGACCCAAGGACUAUGAAGUUGAUGCUACUCUGAAAUCCUUGAACAAUCAAAUUGAGACCCUUCUUACGCCUGAAGGCUCUAAGAAGAAUCCAGCUCGCACAUGCCGUGAUUUGAGACUUAGCCACCCAGAGUGGAGCAGUGGUUACUACUGGAUUGAUCCUAACCAAGGAUGCACUAUGGAUGCCAUCAAAGUUUACUGUGAUUUCUCUACUGGUGAAACUUGCAUUGAGGCACAACCUAAAAUCGUCUUACCCAAGAGUGGCUACAGUAGCCCCAAAGCCAAGAAACAUACCUGGGUUGGAGAAACUAUCAAUGGUGGUACCCAGUUUGAAUAUAAUACUGAAGGCGUCACCACCAAAGAAAUGGCUACACAACUUGCCUUCAUGCGCUUGCUGGCCAACCGUGCCUCUCAGAACAUCACUUACCACUGCAAGAACAGCAUUGCAUACAUGGAUAAGGAGACUGGUAGCCUGAAAAAAGCUGUCAUUCUGCAAGGUUCCAAUGAUGUUGAACUUGUUGCUGAGGGCAACAGCAGGUUCACUUACAAUGUGCUUGUGGAUGGCUGCUCUAAAAAGAACAAUGAAUGGAGUAAGACAAUCAUUGAAUACAAAACAAAUAAGCCAUCUCGUCUACCUAUUCUUGAUAUUGCACCUUUGGACAUCGGUAGUGCUGACCAAGAAUUCCGUGUGGAAGUUGGCCCAGUGUGUUACAAAUAAAUGAACUCACCCUAAAUUAAAAAAAAAAAGAAAGAAAUCUGAAAAAACUUUCUCUCCUUACCAUUUCUUUUCUUCUUUCUUAACCAAGAGCUGGAUCCUUCCAUUCCUUCUGCAUAUCUACUUACUUAAAUUGUGGGCAAAAGAGAAGAAGGACUGAUCAGAGCAUUGUGCAAUACAAUUUAAUUAAUUCCCUUUCCCUCCCCCCACCCCACCCGGCCAAAAAAAAGAUUUGGAUUUUUCAACCUGUUGUGAAAAAUGUCGUCCUUUGUAAGAAAAUAAAAAUAAAAAUUAAAAAAUAAAACUGAGAACAUUUGCACCACUUGUGGCUUUUGAAUAUCUUACACAGAGGGAAGUUUAAAAACCAAACUUCCAAAGGUUUGAACUACCUCAAAACACUUUCCUGUGAGUGUAAUCCAUACCGUUAGGUACUGACCAGAUAAAGAUGAGCUGAGGUACUUGUUUUUUACAAAAUACAAAGGUGCUAAUUAUUAAUAUUUCAGAUACUUGAACAAUUUGAUGGUGCUAGAAGAAGUUGAGAAGAAAUACUCCUCUGUACUGAGUUGUAUUGUGUAUUUUCAUUUGAUUGAGCAUCAAAUAUUUUACAUCUUAUCCCCAAUUUAAAGUAUGCAGAUCAUCAUUUGCCCAACAUUGUCUUCUUCUUUAAACUCAGCAUUUGUUCUUUGCCAGUUUCAUUUUCAUCUUCUCCCAUUGCUUCAGAGAAGUCUUGUUUCACAAACAAGCAGAAAAAUUAAAUUGUACCUAUUUUGUAUAUGUGAGAUGUUUAAAUAAAUUGUGAAAAAAAUUAAAUAAAGCAUGUUUGGUUUUCCAAAAGAAA